AUGGCGUACAUUGGUAAAGAUCUACGAUGUCUCUAUCAAAAUACACGUCUACAAGGGAGACAACAAACCUGGCACGUGUCGCCAGACUUAUCCUCGGUCCGUGUACAGAUGUGUUACGUGACAUUCUCAGAAAGGAAAUUCCUCCCUCUACUUUAUCAAGGAAGGAACAAAUACUAUGGACACACGUCGGAUUUCUCUCUAACGGAGUCCGAUUUUAGACAAGAAUGGAGGAAUAUUCAUGAUAUAAUUGUAGAGUUAGAGAAUUACCUUGGAACAGCCACUGCCCUUCAGGACUCUGUUAACGAAAUCAAAACGUGCUCAAUGGAUCCUGAUUUGGAGAAAAAGUACAUAGACAAACUUUUAGUUAUUGACGAAUUACAAACGACCGUUGAAAACCUUGCAGAUGACAUGAAAAAACUCCACUGUGUAAUCCCAGUGCAUGUUAAAGCUCAACACGAGAAGGAAUAUAUUAGGAAAUGGAGAGAAGAAGAUUCGGUUUUUCUGGAAACUCAUGGGUUUCUUGAAAUGCUUCAGAGGGUAAGAGAACAGUCUUAUGUGACGUUUGUUGGUGUUCCGGGAUCUGGUAAAUCCGCCACAGCUCAGCACAUCUCUCUAAUAUUGCAGACGGAAGGAUACGAAGUGGUACCUGUGUUGGACUUAAGAGAUCUAACUCAGUAUUGUGAUCCUCACAAUCCACAGGUGUUUGUUAUUAAUGAUGUGGUAGGUGUAUUGGGUGUGCAAAAAGCAAAACUAGAAUCCUUUCUAGACUAUGAGCAAAAACUUACAGAACCGUCAUUUGAGAAAACAAAAGUUCUGAUGACAUGUAGAGAAACACUUUUUAAUCAAUGUCACAAAUCAUUUUUCACCAAUGAACAAAAUGUCAUUAAGCUUCACAGCUUAGAAAAUGCUUUGAGUGAGGAUGACCGAAGAAAUAUUCUCGCGAUACAUGGGUUAGACAGAGAUUUGUUGUCUCCUGCAUUGCUUACAGAAUCCUCUCGAAUGUUUCCACUCUUGUGCAAGUUGUAUUCAAAAGAAAAGAAAUUCAAAGCCAAUGGUGUAGAGUUUUUUAUAAGUCCUAUCAAAUGCAUUCUGGAAGAAUUUGAUAAAAUGCAACAGAGAAAUAAUUUAUUCUAUGCAUCAUUAGUGCUAUGUGCAUUAAAUAACAAUAUGAUAUCUGAAGACAUUCUAAAUGACAAGCAAAAUGAAUUUCAGGAAAAGAAACUCAAUGUUUUAAAAAGCUGUGAAGUUGAUAGUACCACAGAUACGUUUAAGGUUUUAAAAACAUUGUCAGCAAUGGAGGGGACAUACACAAAACGUCGAGAUAAGGAGUUCACUUUUGUUCAUGAUUCAAUGUUUGAAAUAACUGCGUAUCAUUUUGGUAGACAGUUUCCGGAACUGAAUGUACGAUACAUGAAAAGUAGUUAUGUUGCAAAUAACGUGAAACUCCAGACAUAUACAGCACCAAAAAAAUGUAAAAUCAUCGACAAAACCAUAAGUGUAUGUAAUUCAUGCACUGGCGAAAGAACACAUACUUUUGGUGCAAUCAGUAAGGAAAAUACUGAGAUCGGUGAACAUAUCGAUGAAAGCGCUGAAGACAAUGAGGUUUUAGAUCUGUGUGUUCGGAUUCCGCCUAGUAAGUACCAGAUGCUGGCUGAGAGAUUGUACAGGGAUAUAAAGGAUAUGGAAUUGCAUGAUGUGUUUAUGAAUGAUGCUUUGAAGGACCAAAUGUUUUGUAAAAUGUUUUGUGAGAAUGAAAUCUCAGCGAUAGAAAAAAAUCGCCUCCUCGUACUAGGUUGUUACGGUGGAGAUGUUGAGACAGUUCGAAUCUUACUUCAACAUGUUGACACGUCUUCAAUCAACAAGACAUCGCAGCACCACUAUAAUAGUGGUGUUUUAUGUAGACAGGUUCCGCCACUGACAGCAGCAUGUUUAUUUGGUCAUGUGUCUGUAGUAAAGGAGUUGAUAGGGAUAGGGGCUGAUGUCAAUAUAGAAGGUCAUUUUCAUACGCCUCUGACUGCAGCUUGUGUUAAUGGACAUUUGAGUGUUGUAAAGGAGUUGUGCAAAUUUGAAGCAGAUGUCAAUUUAGAAAGUGAACAUGUAACUCCAUUGAUAGCAGCAUGCAUAAGUGGUCAUGCUAGUGUUGUAAAAGAGUUAAUAAAUUUCAAAGCGGAAGUGAAUCCUAGACAAAAAAUGGUUGAAUGUAAAGUUACAAGAAAAUUUCUGUUUAAUUGUAGGGACAUGUGCAAUCCUUUGUAUAAAAAAAUUCAGAAAAUUGAAAAAUACGAAUCCCCUUUGGUAUUUGCUUGUAAGAUAGGAAACAUAGAAAUCGUCAGAGAGCUAUUAAAUGCAAAGUCCGUUGUUAAUCCAAACACAUUAUCCGAAACACCAUUGAUUGCAGCGUGUGCGAAUGGAUAUCUAAGUGUAGUAAGAAUAUUACUAGAAGAGGGUGCUGAUGUAAAUCUUAAUGGUAAAUAUAGACGUCUAUCGCUAGAUUAUUGUUUCUUAGAACAGAUAGGGAAGCCUCUGAAAGUGGAAUCUGGAGAACUGUAUCUUCGAGAAGAAACACCACUUACAGCUGCAUGUAUUCGGCAAGCGAACCUUAAAACUGACUGUAAGGAUGACGUUGUGUUCACAAAAACACCAGUCUGGGAUGUGAAAUUCGAAUGGGAGGAAAAAGAAAUAUUUAAAACCGAUAUUUUAAAACAUUUGCUUUGUGUAAGUCUUGAUUGUAAUCAAGAUAUCAAGAUAUGGAGAGAACCGGUCGUCAAACCGUUACUGUUCACAAUCAUUGAUCAUGAAUACAAUAAAUAUGACGAUCUAUUGGAAAACGUGAGUCUUCUACUGAAAGCUGGGGCAGAUACCAGCUUGAGGUUGAAGUACAGAGAAUAUAACUCUGCGGUGGAUAGAAUGGGUGUGUCCGCUUUAGAACGAUUAAGAAGAUUGAUACCUGAAAUUAAAGCAUCUCUUAGUAGGCAAAGACAUUUAAUUACUGAAAGUAAAGCACCUCAGCGUUGGCAGAGACGAUUAAUUGCUAAAAUUGAAGAAUCUCUGCGUAAAUCCCAAUAUGUGAUGAAAGAAAUGAAGAAAAAAAUUAGAAGAUAUUCUAUUUAA